AUCCACUACCCACACUUCACACUUCACACUUCCUCUCCUCCUCUCUCUCUCUCUCUCUCUAACAACACUGCCCCACCGUAAUCUGCCACCACUGCCUUCAGGAGCUGAGAAGUGAAUCCACCACAAUGCCCUCCGCCGCCACCACCGACGCCUCUUCUUUUUUCUUCAUCUUGUGUUUCUUGAUUCUCUCCUUCGCAUCGCUCCCAUUACCCUGCGCUUCCAACCCCAGCCGUCGGAUCCUUCAUGAGCCAUUAGUUCCUUUAGAUACUUUCCCUCCAUCUCAGCCUCCUUCACCAUCCCCACCCGUCCCACCCACCGCUACCACCACCACCACACCUCCUAAAUUCCCCUUUUCCUCUUCUGCCCCUCCCGGUACUCCAUUUUUUCCGACCUACCCCUCCCCUCCCCCUCCUCCCUCUCCAAUCGCGUUUGCAUCUUUUCCGGCUAAUAUUUCCUCUCUCAUUCUUCCAAGUUCCACGAAACCUCACUCCAAUUCUUCUAAACUCCUCGCGGUCACCCUCGCUGCUGCAAUCUCGGCCGUCAUUGUGGUGGGGAUUAUGGUCUUUUGCUACUGCCGCCGGAGGUUUCAGAACCGUAAAUACGCCGAUCAUGAUAAGGCCUAUAGAUCAUCAGACAAUAAUACUCGAAGGCACAGUACUCAGAAUGCGGAGGCCAGAAGUAGUACUGCUCCUAAACUAAGAACCAAUUCAACAAGCUCCGAGUUUCUCUAUCUUGGUACUCUAGUCGACUCCAUUGGCAUCAACGACAGCUCCAAUGAUGCCGCAGAUCCUCGGAAACUGGAUUCGCCGGAGCUCCGACCGCUUCCGCCAUUGAAUAAGCAAGGUUCCAGGCAGAAUUGCGGGAAUGGAGAGGUCGGGUCGACUACUGGGGACGAUGAGGAGGAGUUCUACUCUCCGAGAGACUCUCUCGGUGGCCGGGAUAGCUCGAGUGGGGCUGGAUCCGAGUCAAGGAGAGUGUUUGCGGAAGUAGCCGGAGCGGAUUUUGGAAGGAUGAGCAGCGAUUCGAGCUCUUGCUCGUGUUCGUCUUCGUCUACAGGGUCUCCAUCGCGAUCCAUUAGUACUUCACCUCCAGUUAGCUUGAGCCCACGCCCGAAAUCGCCUGAAACUAUGGCGGUACAGAGUCCUGCUCCACCUCCGCCACCGCCUCCCCCAACAUUUCAGUCAUAUCAUGGAGUGGCAUUGAGUGGUUCUCCUUCGCUGUCCAUGGUUUCUUCGUCGCCAGAUAGAGCCCAGGGAGGGAGUACACAUGCAUCAAGGAGACCAUCAAAUGCAUCGGAUCAAAAUUCAGGGUCUGAUUCAUUGGCAUCUCUUAGAUUCUCGAAGGUUUCAAAUCAAAAUGUGCGGUCUCCUUCACUGUCCCCUGCGAGAAUUGAUAACGAAAGGAAUCGAAAUAUGCAGUCUCUCUCAUUGUCUUCGGCUUCUACAUCACCGGACAGAAGUUGGGCUGCAUCGCCGAGAAUUUCCAAUGAUUUUAAUCCUAAUAUUCGGUCUCCUUCACUAUCUUCAGCAUCUACUUCGCCCGAUCGAUGUUUGGAGAAAAACCUUGUUGCAACUCCGAGAUUAUCAAACACUUCACUCCCUUCAACUUCAUCUUCUUCAUCCUCGUCUUCUCCGGAGCAAGGUCUGAAGAAAAGCCCAGCAUUGAAUGUGAAAAUUAGGAGUGCUUUAGAGUUGCCUAAUUCAGUAGUAACACCUCCACCACCGCCUCCUCCUCCUCCUCCUCCGCCACCACAGAGACCUUGGGAAUCUCCAGUUGACCCAACGCCAACUGGCCAACCGAUCUCGAAGCCACCAUCUCUUAUACCACCUUCGAGACCUUUUGUGUUGCAGAGCACAACUAAGAUUUCCCCAGUGGAGUUACCGCCAAGUUCUAAAGCUAUGGAGAAUGUAGAGGAGACUUCCAAACUGAAGUUAAAGCCGUUACAUUGGGACAAGGUGAGAGCAAGCUCUGAUCGUGAGAUGGUGUGGGAUCAGCUGAGAUCAAGCUCCUUCAAGUUGAAUGAGGAAAUGAUUGAAACAUUGUUUGUAAACAACCCUACUCCCAAACCAAAGCAAACAACUCCACGAUCAAUCCUUCCCUCGCCGAACCAAGAGAACAGAGUGCUUGAUCCCAAAAAGUCCCAGAACAUUGCAAUUUUGUUAAGAGCUCUCAAUGUAACUGUUGAAGAAGUUUGUGAAGCCCUUUUAGAAGGUAAUGCAGACAUGCUUGGAAGUGAACUUCUUGAAAGUCUGUUGAAGAUGGCUCCAACCAAAGAAGAGGAACGCAAGUUGAAGGAGUACAAAGAAGAUUCUCCGACCAAACUUGGCCCAGCUGAGAAAUUUUUGAAGGCACUGCUUGAUAUACCUUUUGCGUUUAAAAGGGUGGAUGCAAUGCUUUACAUAGCUAAUUUUGAAUCUGAGAUCGAGUACCUCAAAAAGUCUUUUGAGACACUUGAGGCUGCCUGUGAAGAACUGAGAAGUAGUAGGAUGUUCUUGAAGCUUCUGGAAGCUGUGCUCAAGACAGGGAAUCGCAUGAAUGUGGGGACUAACCGUGGCGAUGCGCAGGCCUUCAAGCUUGACACACUACAUAAGCUUGUUGAUGUUAAGGGUGCAGAUGGGAAAACCACGUUAUUGCACUUUGUUGUUCAGGAAAUUAUAAGAACUGAAGGUGCUCGUCCGUCUGGGACCAAUCCAACUCCGAGCUCCACAUUGAGCGAAGAUGCAAAGUGUCGGAAGCUUGGCUUGCAAGUUGUUUCUGGUCUUAGUUCAGAGCUCACAAAUGUGAAGAAAGCCGCUGCUAUGGAUUCUGACGUGCUUAGCAGCGAGGUAUCCAAACUUUCUAGAGGCAUCGAGAAUAUCAACCAGGUUGUGCAGUUAAACAAAACUACAGGGUCGGAUGAAAGCAACAAGAAAUUUUUGGAGUCGAUGAGCAGAUUCAUGAAAGUGGCUGAAGAGGAGAUUAUAAAGAUUCAGGCUCAAGAAAGUGUUGCCAUGUCUCUAGUAAAGGAGAUCACAGAGUACUUCCAUGGGAACUCAGCAAAGGAAGAAGCUCACCCAUUCAGAAUCUUUAUGGUGGUAAGAGACUUUCUGACGAUUCUCGAUAGGGUCUGUAAAGAAGUUGGGAUGAUAAAUGAGAGAACUAUUGUUAGUUCUGCCCACAAAUUUCCAGUUCCAGUGAAUCCCAUGCUACCACAAGUUUUUCCAGUAAAUCCAACAAUCCCGCAAGCAUUUCCCGGAUACCAUGUCAGGCAGCAAUACAGUUCCUCUGAUGAUUAAGGUGCAUCUCCUUAGCCUCUGUGAGUCACACCAGGUUAGUCCUUUUUGUUGCAUUUGGGGCCUGAUGAUGCUGCCAAAGUGAUUACAGCUAGUUCUAGUUUGUGUGGGCUAGUCUGGCAUAUUAAUGUAAUUUAUUUAUAUUUUCAAUUUUCUUUUUUGUAUAAAUCAUUGUAAAAGGAUUUGGAAUUUUGUAGUAUAGAUAAUAAUAUAUACGGGAAGAAAUCUGGUCAUGGAAGAAUAU